AUAGGGAGAGACGUCAGCUGAGAACACAUUUCUCCUCCAAGCCCAUCCCCUGGGUGGAGCCCACCUCCCUACAAGCAUCAGAUGAGUUUACUGCUUGUUAAAACGUUAUAGUUUAUUUCCUCUCUGCUACGGAGAUACACGUGCCAAAAACUAUUUGUUUGAAGAUUUUCUUUAUGAACUCUGGACAUUUUGGACAUAUUGGAGGCUUUGUAAGCAAUGGGUAUUGUAGCUGCCUUGAAAUCGCAGUUUAUCUGCCACCUUCUCAUAUGUUACAUCUUUGUGGUGACUGGACUCAUCAUCAACUUCCUUCAGUUCUGCACCCUGAUAAUAUGGCCGAUCAAUAAGCAACUCUACAGGCGAAUUAAUUGCAGAUUGGCGUACUGUAUUGCCAGCCAAUUGGUGUGGUUGCUGGAAUGGUGGUCAGGUACAGAAUGUACCCUCUAUACUGACCAAAGGAAUUAUAUUAAGUACGGUAAAGAGAAUGCCAUAGUUAUUCUCAAUCAUAACUAUGAGAUUGAUUUCCUUUGUGGAUGGGACUUCUGUGAAAGAUUUGGUGUUUUGGGGAGUUCGAAAGUACUAGCAAAAAAGGAGCUGGCUUAUGUUCCUCUGAUAGGCUGGAUGUGGUAUUUUCUGGAGAUAGUAUUUUGCAAGCGACAGUGGACAGAAGAUCGCAAAAACGUAGUCCAGAGCUUGCUUAACCUCCGGGAUUAUCCUGAAAUCUUUUGGUUUCUGAUUCACUGUGAAGGAACACGAUUUACAGAGAAAAAACACAAGAUCAGCAUGCAGGUAGCUGAAGCCAAAGGCUUACCUAAACUAAAGUAUCACCUACUUCCUCGAACAAAAGGCUUUGCACUGACAGUACAAUGUCUAAGGAAUGUAGUUCCAGCUGUGUAUGAUGCCACACUCAAUUUCAGAAAUGGUGAAAACCCGACAUUGCUAGGAACUUUACAUGGAAAAAAAUACCAUGCAGAUCUGUAUGUCCGACGAAUCCCAUUGGAAGAUAUUCCUGAGGAUGAAAGUGCAUGUGCUGCCUGGCUUCAUAAACUAUAUCAAGAAAAGGAUAUGCUACAGGCAGACUACUUCAAAAAUGGCUUUUAUCCAGGCACUCCAAUUGUACCACCGAAACGACCAUGGGUCCUUGUAAACUGGCUAUUCUGGGCUCUGUUGCUGCUGUUUCCUCUAUUUAAAUUAAUUGCUAACAUGAUCUGCAAUGGAUCUUCCUUGACCCUAAUUACUUUCUCACUUAUCAUUGUUGUAGUAUCUUCAAGCAAGUGGUCAUCACUCAUCUCGGCUUUCACAGUGGAUACCCAAGCUGUUUCACAGGACUUUUGUGUCUCCCUGUAUGUAGGUCAACUUAAGCCUCCAUUGGUAUGCGAUGGAUGAUCGGAAUGACAGAAAUAGAAAAGGGCUCCAGCUAUGGCAACAAUGAUAUGAACCGAAAAAAUUAAUUUCCACUGAGACUGCCAGUACCUCCAAACAAAGCAAUUUUUUUUUGAAAAUGAGUUGACAGAUACUGGGGUCAAGGGGAUAAUUGCACCUAAAUUGCGGUUUCUUUAGCGUGAAGAUCACUGUGUAGAGUGCCACCUUGAAUCCGCACUAAAGGGUAGUGUGGAUUGGUAUCCUUUUGUGAUGUAUGUGGUGUGUGAAACCAUUCGCACAGUAAUAAGAAAUGGUGAAAUUGGAUUUUGUCAGAAUUCUACACCAAUAGUGUCACUUGGAGAUCUGACAUAUUGAUGUUUUCAAUAUUAUGACAUUUCAAUCUAAAUGGAAAUGAAUUUUUUUUUUAAAAAGAGAACCUGGUGUAAUGGAAGAAUUCAGCUUUUUUUCUAAUAACAUAAAAUUGUGCUUCUAACUAA